UAGACCCUAGUUCCUUCCUCAAAAGGUUCCUAGUUCCGGAGUAAAGUUCCUGCGGUGGAAAUGUGGCUUUAGUGAUAGGGAAGCUCAUCUCAGUCAACCACUAAAGGCUUAUUAGAUACUGUGUAUCUCUGGUGUGGUCUCCAAAAAACAAAAAUCUUACCUAAAACCCUCCGUGUCAAGAACAGAGCAGUUGUCUUUAUAUAUUGCUUUUGGGAAGUCUUGAACCCCAGGCCUCAUGAAACUAACAUGUCCUUCUGAUCUGCCUCUGAGAUUUUUCUCUGAAGGAGGUCCGAUUCUUUCUCAGUUUAUUCCAGCCAAAAAGAAUUAGAAACUACAAAGAAUCAGGCCCCAGUAUUAAGGAAUAAUGAGCUAUAGUGUCCACAACUGCUUUUGCUUUCAGAGCGCUCCAUUCUCACUGUAAGGGGAAACUAAUCUGAGGUCAGGCUUUUUAAUUUGAGAUGGCUGGCAUCUUACUUUCUGUCCCAGCCCUCUCUGGUUUCUCUACACAUAUGGACAAGCUAUUCUUAACCCUUUUAAGAGUAGUAUUUUGGAAUGUUUUUUGUUUCAAAAUUAUAUGUCCAUAUUCUAGAACUGUCUAGCUUUCAGUUACCAGGAGUGAUUGUUACAUCUGCAUUAGAAUGUUCAGUUUAGAACACUCCAAUCACAUAUUUGUGAUCUUACACCUCAAAGGGUUAAAUAGCCGUCACUGUCUUUUCGUAAGGAAUCUGGCAUCUCUCUGUCACUUUGAACAGAUACCUGCACUUUUAAAAACCCCUACAUCCCCCCCAACCAACGCUAGGGUCUGGUGUAGCUUUCAAAAAUGUCAACUUCUGAUGUAAAGCCCUUACACAAACUCAAGUUAUUGUACCUAUUUGUGUAUUAGCAGAGGGAGCAUAUUACUGGGCAGCUCUCCCACCUUGGCAACUGGCACUGGGCAGUUCUGCUCUAAUUCACAAAUCAGCUCUGGGUUCCUAUGCCAGGGUUUGUGCCAUCUUCCAGCGUAUCUGGUUUAGCAUUGCAGAGCUUAAUGUACAAUUCCCUGCCGAUCGACAUUGACAGCAGAGGGGUCAGAAGCUAACACAGCCUGUGUAGCUGAACCAGCUGAAUGAUAUGCCUUUAUGCCCCAGCCUCUAGAGGGCCUGCCAGACUUCUCAGCUGUUUCCUUUGCCAAAAGGAGAAGAAGAAGAGAAGCUGAAUUCAUUCCAAACUUCUGGCACCCAGGGAAAUAAGACACUUUGCCAAAUCUUAAAAUUGUUGAAUAAACUCAAGGACAGGAGCCUUAGGAGAUAUUUAUUAAAUCAGGCUAGUGAUUGAAGCAGUAUGGAGUGCAUCAAAGGAGCUUGCCUCCGAAAUGUGUCCACCUCUGACUUUUACCUUUAUUUAAAUAUCUCCUCAGAAGAGUACUGUUUUUAAGUUUGUUCAACAGUUUUAUGUUCACUUUCAUGGACUAAGCACCUUCUUUGUAUCUUAUAAUAAUUGUAAUUUCAUUGAACAAGUGCCAACACCACAUUUUUUUGAUGGUUUUUGGAUGUAACUUCUUAAAUCUUUACAUUUUAAUGUCUGCUUCUAGUUAAAGAACUCGGUCCCUCCAUAAUCAGUUUUAGUUCAUCAUUCCCUGAUCAUUUGACAAGGUGAGAAUGUAGAACUAUAUGUUUUGUGGAUUACCAGAAAAUUUGUGAUCCUUUAGGCUGACCAGUCUGUUCGCAUUGCUUACACUUCAAUUAUAUGAACACAAGCUAACAUGUUUGCUACAGUUCACAUAAUCCUCUUUUGGAAAAUGUUCUUGGUUGAUUUUUUCCAUUCGCUAAACAGAUCCUAUGUUAACAUACUUAAAAGUGAUUGGAGAGAGGGGUUCCAUGAACCCUGGAAUGAGCAACAAUGAGCUGUCAGUGACUUGUCUGAACCAAUCAAAAGGUUUUUAUUUCCCCACAACAGAGCACAGUGGUUGGCUCAAAUCAGGGAGUCAGAUACCAAAGGAAGUACGGUCAAGUAUGGUGUUGUAGAUAAGGAAUUAGGUUGGGAAUUCAGAAGCUACACGUUUAAACUUGAGCAUAAAAGAUGCUCUGAAUUAUUACUGCUUGACUUCCAAACCACUAACUAUAUAAUUUGAUUUGAAAAUAUACAUUGCACUGCAAAAUCUUUGAACUGUGAUUAAGUUAAACUGACACAAAAUUUUAGUUGAGUUAUGUAGGAAAUCAAUCCUUCAAAUGGAUUCCUGUUUUUGCAAAAAUGUAAAAGUUGUCUUAAAAUAUGGCCGGGUUGCGCAACAACAGACACGUUCCUUUUUUGGAUAACAUCAGACGUCAGUUAGACUUCAUUGUCCUGGUGAUGAAUGCGGUUUAUAGGCUGCAACGUGAACUACCGUUCUGUGUUCAGAAAGGUGACUGGUGGUGACUGUCAGUAACGAGCUCCGUCGGUAGAAGUGCAGAGGGAUGCGUCCCGUUUUAUAGAUACAACCGAUAACAAAACCGAUUCAAUUUACUGCCUAGAUUUAUCAAAAGCAAAUAUUUUUUCUUGUGUGUGAGGGAAGCCAGGAGAGCGCGCGCGGACGCGUACAGGCGUGCGUAAACACUUCGGUCAGUUAUGGACACAGAAUUUAACUACCAAAUCUGUUUAUGUGCUAUAUAUACUUUUCAGAUUAAAUGAAUGUUUGUCUUUAUUAUUUCGUCAAUUUUAGUUAAACUAAAGGUCAUAUUAGGCUGGGCCCGUCGACAAUUGAAAUUCUAUCUAGUCAACUUAAUCUCGGUGACUCAGCGAGGAGGUAUAAAAGAGGUGGUGUGAGGUCAUUCUAGUUCAUAGUUACCGGAUUACAGCAGGAUAAAAGCCUGAAAGUUUUUAAUUGUGCUCUGAAAAGAAAAUUAUUUAUGCUUUCUAGUACUACUGUCAACGGGUGCAUCUAAAACAUGAAGGUGAUGGAUUUGGAUAAUACUGAUCUCAGUGCCAUGGUAGACCACGGCGGCUUGGAUAUCAUGCGCUUGAACAAGCACCGCCACAGCUCAUCUUCCUCCUCCACUCCAGAGAAAGGAAAGACAAGUUUUAACAGGUUAAAAGUUGGUCUGACGGAGGACUACCCGAAGAAAAAUGCAGAGAUUCUCAGCGCUCAGUAUGGGACCAAUUUACUCCUGUUCGGUGCGGCGCUAAUACUCGCCGUAUCUUCCGGCAGUCAAGUCGUCAGGGAAGAGCAUCUGUUGUCGUUCAUCACGACCAUCAUGAUUGUGCAGCUCCUGUGGAUGCUGUGGUACAGCGUGAGGAGGGACAGGCGGAAAAGAAGGCUGUCUGAAAAAGAUGCACAUGGUGCCACGAGAUGGCUAAGAGGUGGGAUAACGGUUCUAGCUCUGCUUUCCUUGAUCAUGGAUGCUUUUCUUAUUGGUCGAUACGUGGGUUAUAAAGCAUGUGCGUCGGCAGCACAGGCGGUUUAUCCCGUCGUCCAUACAGUCCACACAAUAUCACAGGUGUAUUUUCUUUGGUUUCACAUCAAAGACGUGGUCAAGACUUUUGAGACGAUUGAGAGGUUUGGGGUGAUCCACGCAGUCUUUACCAAUCUGCUUCUGUGGGCUACUGGCAUUAUGUCCGAAUCUGAGCAUUUCAUGAACGCCUACAGAGAAAGGCAUGGGACUCUGAACCACACAGGAGUGGAACACAUUUUAGAGUGCAAUUGCAACACCAGUGCCUGCUCCAUGUUUGCUAAUAGCCUAUACUAUCUACACCCCUUCAACAUUGAGUUCCACAUCCUGGUCUCCGCCAUGCUCUUUGUCAUGUGGAAGAACAUUGGCCGCACCAUUGAGCCCCGGCACAACAAGAAGAGGUCGGUGACCAACAACGCAGGGUUGGUUUUGGGCCCCAUCCUGGGUCUGGUGGCGCUGACCGGCACCAUCACGGUCCUGGUGGUCUACACCGUCAAGCUCAGGGAAGCAGCAGUAAGCCAGGGUGGGUCCGAAAACACCAUGUUCUACUGCCACGGGAUUGUCAUGCUGGCCUGCAUGUGCACGGCGGGAACCCUCGGCUUGGUCCUUUACAGGAUGGACAAUCGGCCCCUGGACGCCUCCAAGAUCCCGUCGCGGAAGCUGGACACGGAGCUGCUGUUUGGCGCGUCCAUGGGCUCCUGGCUCAUGUCCUGGUGCAGCAUGGUUGCCGUGGUCGCCCGGGGAGCCCCCGGCUACAGCUGGACCGGCUUCCUGUACUCUCUCCUCCUCAUCCUGGAGAAGUACAUACAGAACCUCUUCAUCAUAGAGUCGCUGUAUCGCAAGCACGAGGUGGAGCCUCUCUCCGCCCCGGAGGUCUUCGCUGUCCCCACGCCUACCCACGACCUCCCCUGUAACGGCAUCGUCAACCGGGCCUACGAGAACCAGGAUGGCGCCUGCGAGAAUGGUCGGGUGCAAGGCUGUCCUCCUGAACACCCAGCUUUCCCGCUCUCUGUUCCGGUGACAUUGAGCAGGAAGAGGCAGAUUCUGAAGAACAUCGCCAUCUUCCUCUUCUUGUGCAACAUCUCUCUGUGGCUGCUACCGGCGUUUGGCUGUCGGCCCCAGUACGACAACGGCUCGGAACAAGAGACCUUUGGAUCUGCCAUUUGGACCAUGGUGUUGAACUUUGCCAUGCCCCUCAACCUCUUCUACCGCAUGCACUCAGUGGCCUCCCUCUUCGAAGUGUUCCAGAAAGUGUGACUGAAAAGCAACAGCUAAGAAGAAAUAAACAAAUAAACUCUUGCACAUGGACUGUAACCAGGUUUCACAAAGUCCAGUCAUGACGGUGAUCAUUAAUCCAGAAUGAGGUGGGUUUAGUGGUGUUGUUUAUGGUCAAUAAAAACACAAGGCGGUAGGCGGUGUUGUAUUACUUGAAUUCAUCACUCUCUUUUUUUAUUAUCACUCAUAAUUGUAGGUUCUUUAGGAUUUCUAAAUGGCUGUAUCCUUUCAUAAAAAGGAAUAUACCGUGUUGCACAAAUGCAUUGAUUAUUUAAUGUAGUAUCUCAAAUCUUUCAAGUGCUGAAUUUUGACAAUUAGAUUUGUAUGGUUAAAACCAUAAACAUUAUAAUUUUAUACCUAUAUUUUGUUUAUGUAUACAUAUGUUAUGGAUGAUGUUCUCAGAAACAUGUUACUCAACACAUUGCAUAUCCAUAUGGUACACUGGGUCUGCAGCUUUGUGAUGUAAUUGUACUUUUCCUCGAAUUAACAGUUUUCUUAGCAUUGAUUUCCUGAUAUCAGUUCUCUGUUAUUAAUUCUGCCAUUAUUUAUCCUCAGAAGCAUCCGUUUUUAUGACUAAGGAGCAAAUUACAUUUCAUGUUCUCAAAAUAAUAAUGAUCAAUUUUAUAAGGUGGCUUUGUCUGAUGUUAAAAUUUUGCUUCCUCCUGGGACUUCUGCACCUUUCAGAAAUGAGGCCUUGGCCUCUCUGUGUCUGUUUAUGGACACCAUGACUGACUGAACAGAGUUUUUCCAGGAAAUGAUGUUCUCCUCUUUGCCUGCACUGAGGUCAGCUUGUCUGCCUCUGCUGCGGUUUUAACCUGACACUAAUGGAAUGUAUCGCUAUAUGCUGUAAAUAUUUAACCUUUUUGCAAAGUAUAACGAUAAAUAUAUUUCACUACAGUAUUUAAAACAUAUAUAUUACAUUAUCUAAAAGCACCAAUAAUUUCUAUAUUUGCUCAUAUAUUCAUUGUGAAGCAUUGCAAUAUUGUUUGUUUUCUUGAUAUAUUAUAUUUAAAAAUGGCCAGUAUAUUCUGUUUUCAUAAGGUUAUGCAGCUGGUCUGGGUUUACAAUCAAUUAGAGACCCUAUCUUGUAAGAAUGGUCACUGACACUGGAACAGAAAGUUCUAGAAGCAGGAAGGGCAUGUCAAUGUGCCAAUCUGGAGUUGGCAUCAGGGAAGUUCAUAUUUGCACAACUCAAUGGCCAGGUUUCUGUGGCAAGUCCUCUCACUGGGAAACAUCACACAGGGGGCAUUUCCUGAAACACCAGUCUUUUUAACAAAUGUUUGACUUGAUACUAUUGUGGAAACCGCAUUGACCAUUGACUGUAAAAUGCAUACAGUGGUUUUAGUAGUUUAAUAAUUAAAUAUAUUGUAAUGAAUGAUUUAUAGGUUUAAAUAUGCAAAUAUAUCCAGUAAUGUAUGUAUUUUUAUCCCAAGCCUUCAACAUGGUGCUAAUAGAGCUUGUACAUGUCAGAGUGCCAUUGAUUCCUCUCAAAAAUUAAAUUAGUGAUGCUCCUUUGUUCAUGACUAGUUAUUCAUGGGCCUAUUUUUGAGUUCUCAGCUUGUGGUGGGUUCAUUUGUGAGCCAGCUCUCAGCACAGUAAAAUGUUCUGUGAUAAAUCCGCUCUUACAGAGUACAUGUGGUCCCUGUUGCCCUCAUAUGUUCUCUGUUAAAUCUGAAUAAAUGCUGGACAUUUUACUGUG